CUUCUUCACCAAACCCCAAACCCUAACCCUAUUCUUAUUCUUCACUCUAGAGUUUUCAAUUGAUUCACUCUCCCCGCAACCAUGGUUAACCCUAAGGUUUUCUUCGACAUGAGCGUCGGUGGCAACCCUGCUGGACGCAUCAUCUUCGAGCUUUUCGCUGAUGUCACUCCCCGCACCGCUGAGAAUUUCCGUGCUCUCUGCACCGGCGAAAAAGGAGUUGGCCGCAGCGGCAAACCACUCCACUUCAAAGGAUCUUCCUUCCACCGUGUGAUCCCUCAAUUCAUGUGCCAGGGAGGUGAUUUCACCAACGGAAACGGUACCGGAGGUGAAUCGAUCUACGGAUCAAAGUUCGCUGAUGAGAAUUUCAUCAAGAAGCACACCGGUCCUGGAAUCCUCUCCAUGGCAAACGCUGGUCCAGGAACCAACGGAUCUCAGUUCUUCAUCUGCACCGCUAAGACCGAGUGGCUUGACGGGAAACACGUCGUGUUCGGUCAGGUUGUUGAAGGUCUGGACAUCGUGAAGGAGAUCGAGAAAGUUGGAUCUGGAUCUGGAAAGACCUCAAAGCCAGUUGUGAUCGCCGAUUGCGGUCAAGUCUCUUAGAUCGGUCGCAUUUUGUUAUGGUGGCUCUGAAUUUAGAUUCUGUGUUUUCGUUUUUUCGUUAUUCUGUGUCGUUGAACUUUAUUUUUGUCUGUGUUAGGGAUUGUGGUGGUGGUGCUAUUUCUGGAUCGUAUUGAACCCCCUCCCUUUUUGUGUUUCUGUUAUGCCGUGUUAGUUGAGUGAGUUGUUGAGUCCUGUUAUGUUAAACAGUUGUGUUAAACAUAAAAAAUGAUGAGCUAUCUUUCAAUAAACUAGGAUUACAACGCUUUUUGUGUUUCA